AAUCGGGACCCGUUUGGCAGGGAGACGUAGCAAACACUUCCCCGUCCUCGACGCAAACUAGCAACCUCAAGAGAACAGACCAGCUUCUUCUCCAAGUCCAGUUCCUUCUACCCAUUGGGCCGGCCGCCAUUGAGAGUUUGCUUCCUCCGCUCCGUGUCAUCUCUGCAGGAAAUCCGCCAUCGCUCGCCCGGGUGUACUGACCAUGUCUGCCAUGCAAUCAUCGUAUCUUCCUGCUACCACUGAGUCAAUUGCAAUGGCUCAGGAAGCUAAGGAUGCUUCAGAGUCCAUUUUAAUCCUCUACCGUGUGCUUGAAGACCCGUCUUCUUCUUCAGAUGCAGUUAGAACAAAAGAAGUUGCCAUUACAAAUCUGACAAACUAUCUCACAAAAGAGAACAGAGCCGAGGAGCUUAGGAAUCUGUUGACCCAGCUCAGGCCAUUUUUCGCACUGAUUCCCAAGGCAAAGACCGCAAAGAUUGUACGUGGCAUCAUUGAUGCCGUUUCCAAGAUACCUGGAACAUCUGAUCUUCAGAUCUCACUCUGCAAGGAGAUGGUGGAAUGGACACGGGCAGAGAAACGUACCUUCCUCAGGCAGCGUGUGGAAGCAAGACUAGCAGCCCUUCUUUUGGAAAGUCAGGAGUACACUGAAGCUCUUACCCUUCUUUCUGGUCUUAUCAAGGAAGUGAGGAGGCUGGAUGACAAGUUGCUUCUUGUUGACAUUGACCUUCUGGAGAGCAAACUCCAUUUCUCUCUAAGGAACCUUCCAAAGGCCAAGGCUUCUCUGACUGCCGCAAGAACUGCAGCGAAUGCCAUUUAUGUUCCGCCAGCGCAGCAGGGCACUAUUGACCUGCAGAGUGGAAUCCUUCAUGCCGAAGAGAAGGAUUACAAGACCGCCUACAGUUACUUCUUUGAAGCGUUUGAAGGGUUUAAUGCACUGGACGACCCUAAGGCCAUCUUCUGCUUGAAGUACAUGCUUCUGUGCAAGAUAAUGGUCAACCAAGCUGAUGAUGUUGCAGGAGUAAUCUCGUCUAAGGCAGGCCUGAAGUAUGUUGGUCCUGAUGUGGAUGCUAUGAAAGCUGUUGCGGAUGCCUACUCGAAACGAUCUCUCAAGUACUUUGAAACCGCUCUUGGUGACUACAAGGCCCAGCUGGAGGAGGAUCCUAUUGUCCACAGGCACCUCUCGUCUCUGUAUGAUACCCUCCUGGAGCAGAACCUGUGCAGGCUGAUUGAAGCCUACUCAAGGGUGGAGAUUGCGCACGUAGCAGAGAUGAUCGAGCUGCCAAUCGAGAAUGUUGAGAAGAAGCUGUCACAGAUGAUCCUGGACAAGAAAUUCGCAGGGACUCUGGAUCAGGGUGCGGGCUGCCUCAUCAUCUUCGAAGACGCCAAGACGGAGGCGAUCUUCCCUGCUACGCUCGAAACAAUUUCGAAUGUGGGGAAGGUUGUCGAGAGCCUUUACAUGAGGUCAGCAAAGAUCAUGGCUUGAGGAGAUGUUUUGUUCCCCAGUUAAAUCUUACACUUGAGCUCUGCUAGAGUCUCCAGGACAUGAAAUGCCUGUGUGUUGCCAUUAUUUAUUGCUUGCAAAUUGUCUUCUGUUAGCUCUAUAAAAUGUCUCUGUCUGCGUUAUGGAAAUACAGUUAGCACUUGCUGAUAUGAACCAUUUCCGUUCUAGUGCAA